UGUCACACAUGAAAUACUCCAGCCCUACUGAGAGGAUUUCUCUCUCUCUCCUCCCUUUGCUCAGUGCCUCUUGCAGCCCCAGCCUCAGGUUACUGCGGGAAGACUCUUUCCUUACCUUUUCUGGGAGUGAAGUGCCCAGGGCAGACGAGACCGGCUGGUGCAGGGGAGAGAUCCGAGACGGCAGAGACUUGGGGAAGCAAAAGUGGACUUGAUUUGAAAAAAAGAAAGAAGGAGAGUCUCCUUUUUCUCCAGCGGGGCCCUGCCGUCCCCCUGCAGCACAGGAUACAAUGAACAAGAUGAAAAACUUCAAGCGGCGGUUUUCCCUCUCCGUUCCCCGGACAGAAACCAUCGAGGAGUCGCUGGCCGAGUUCACAGAGCAGUUCAACCAGCUCAACAACAAGAAGAAUGAAGACCUGGCACAAGGGCACCUGCGGCUGGGCCACCUGGGCAGGGGUUUCCGGGCAGAGCCAACCUCCAUUUCCCCCUCGGAGGUGGAAGGCCAGUCCGCAACAGCUGUGCGCUACCGAAGGAACAACCAGCGCCGCUUCUCCAUGGAGGAUGUCAGCAAGCGGCUCUCCCUGCCUGUGGACAUUCGUCUGCCCCCGGACUUCCUGCAGAAGCUACAGAUGGACAAUCCAGAGUUCCCCAAGACCUUCAGCAGGAUGUCUCGACGGGCUUCUCUCUCGGACAUCGGAUUUGGGAAGCUGGAAACCUAUGUUAAAUUGGAAAAACUGGGGGAGGGCACCUAUGCCACUGUCUUCAAGGGGCGCAGCAAGCUAACUGGUAACCUGGUCGCUCUGAAGGAGAUCCGUCUGGAGCAUGAAGAAGGAGCACCCUGCACAGCUAUAAGGGAGGUUUCCCUGCUGAAGAACCUGAAACAUGCAAACAUUGUGACCCUCCAUGAUUUCAUCCACACGGCGCGCUCCCUCACCCUUGUCUUUGAGUACCUGGACAGUGACCUAAAGCAAUAUCUGGAUAACUGUGGGAACCUGAUGAAUAUGCACAACGUGAAGAUUUUCCUGUUCCAGCUGCUCCGUGGCCUGUCCUACUGCCACAAGAGCAAGAUCCUGCAUCGAGACCUUAAACCGCAGAACCUGCUCAUCAACGAAAGGGGAGAGCUAAAGCUGGCUGACUUCGGUCUAGCCAGAGCCAAAUCAAUCCCCACGAAAACAUAUUCCAAUGAGGUGGUCACUCUGUGGUAUCGGCCCCCUGAUGUCCUGCUGGGGUCGACUGUGUACUCCACGCCCAUCGAUAUGUGGGGUGUGGGCUGCAUACACUAUGAAAUGGUCACAGGACGGCCCAUGUUCCCAGGCUCCACUGUGAAAGAAGAGCUCCAUUUAAUCUUCAGGCUUCUUGGCACCCCUACAGAAGACUCCUGGCCUGGAAUCACAUCCAACAAGGAGUUUAACGGUUAUCAUUUCACCCAGUACCAAGCCCAGCCCUUGAUAAAUCAUGCACCCAGGCUGGACACAGAAGGGAUCGACUUGCUGACGAGCCUCCUCCUGUAUGAAGCCAAAUGCCGGAUCUCCGCCGAAGAGGCCCUGCGACACCCUUACUUCAAGGCGCUGGGGGACCAAGUCCAGCUUCUCUCUGACAAUGCCUCCAUCUUCUCUCUGAAGGAAAUACAGCUUCAAAAGGACCCUGGCUACCGAGGUUCAGCCUUUCAGCAGUCAGCCCGAGGGAAAAGCAGGAGGCAGAGUAUAUUUUAAACCUGGCUCUUGUUCCCUUUGUCACCAUGGAGAUCAAAGCACUGAGAAAGGAGAGGACUUCAUGCUCCCACAGGACCCAUCCACAGAAUUACUGACUCUAACAGGAAGAUACUGGAACGCCCCUCUACCAUGGGCUGCCCUCUGUCUGCCCCCCAGAAUCCCACUGCUGACACCAGACAGCCCACCAGUAGUUCUUGUCAAAGGAGCUCUGCCCCCAGUUGCUCAUUUUUCAUGUGACACCACCAAGAGUAAACUACUGCGUUCUAUACCCGGGUAAGGUACUUUAACUAGCGACUAGCCACCCUGGGAGUAGCCCUGAACUCAGGAGACUUGUGUGCCGGCCUUGUUACAGUCCUGUUUGCUGCAGUACAGGGAGGUGAUCUGGAGUGAAUAGGGGCACCGCAGGCAGAGGGCAGAAUCUCCAAGGAUUGGCAGACAGCUGGGUUGUCGUAUCGCGGAAGACAUUUCUGUGAAUGCACGGCAUGCCUGUGCUAUGCCCACCGUUGGGGAAGUCAGACCUGGCAAGACGCAUUGCACUGAAUGAAGGACAUGCUCUCACAAGCAGGGGGUGCCCUACGGUGAGCCCCAUCCAGGGCUUCCUGACUUCAGACAUUGAGUUGGGACGGAAACAUUUAACCAGGGAGAGCUCUCCUUCAGCCACUCCCCCCAUGGUUAUCAACCAGGGAUCCCUCUUCCCCUCCCCAUAAUUUGAGUCUCAUACACAGUUCCCGGGAUUGCCAGAAUGGCAGCCCCAGGAGGUGCAGAGGAAAGAGGCUGUUAAGGAGAAAAUGCAGAUUAGCUGGAUUCCUCUGAUCCCCUUGGUUUCCCCAACAACCCACCCCCCCCACCCCAAGUUUAUUUUCUAAGCUCUGACUCCUGUUUUGCGGCAGUUCCCAGCCCCUCUGAUUUAGGGAGAAACCAGUGAAGUCCCGUUUCCCACAUCAAAAUCAUGCAGUAUUUCUAAUCUGCCUUGUGCGAAAAGAUGCGUUUCCACUAGGAAAAGGACCCAUUUCCCAGCAUGCGGCUCUGGAAUUGCAGCAAAUUGUUCAGCCAGUUGGGCCCAUCUUUGAGCUCAUCGCAAAACGUGAAAGAGCACAAGUAGUUUCAUCUAUUGGUGCAAAUGAGCUGUGAAUGCACAAUGCUGCCUCAUUCCACCUUUGUGGUGGGCGUGCAAAGGUGCCGACCCUACCUCUGCGAGGCUGCAGGAUCAUGAAGCGACUCAAACACAACACAACCUAUUAAGCAGAAAACAGACCCACCUUUCACUAUCUACCCGAUUCCCUAGGACUGAGCAUAUUGUUUUUGCCCCGUGUAUUGCACACCUACUGCACUCAAUGGGACUCAAGUGCUUGCUUAAAUCUGAACAUGUGUUUAAGUGCUUUGUGUAUUUUUCUCCCCCUCUAUUUCCAGGCCAUGCUAAAUCCAUUCUGGUACAGUAAGGACCUGCUCAAACCUUCCUCCAAUGCUCAAACCAAACCUGAAACUUUUUUUUUUUGAAGUUUGAAAAAUUUGUCCGAAUUUUUUGUUUGGUUGGCUGAUUUUGGGAUUUUUUUAUUUUUAUUUUUUUAAGUUUUCAUUCCCCGUCUGGCUACCUCAUCCUCUCCGAUACCCAUCAUGGCCCAGCUAGCACCAGGAAAUGAUGGGGCAUUGCUCUAGAGAGCAUGCAUCAUGGGCUGGUAGACCGACUGCGGGACUGGUAGGCAGGAAGUCCUGAGUUCUAAUCCAGACUCUCCUACUCACACACCGAGUAGCCUUGGGCAGGUGAUGGCACUCUUCUGUGCCUCAGUUUCCCCAUCUGUCAAAUGGGGCUAAUAAUCAUUAGCCGCCUCACUGCGAGGCAAAGCCUAAGUUAGAAAUGGGCCUGGAUCUGAACUUUCCUAAAGCUUAAGAGGUUUGGAUCCAAGGUUCCAAUGCAGGUCAGACUCUAAAUGCUAAGCAUUAUUAUCCCCAUGAGGUUCCCAGCCCACUCUAUACACCAAAGCAGUUUGGACCAAGUUAGGCUCAUCCCAGAUAAGCAUCCAGACCUCUGUAUUGUUUGAGAUUUGCCCAUCCCUGGUAGGUUUCUUUCGGUGUGUGUCCAGUAUACAGCAAGUUGGGGAAAACACUUUGUUUCCAUCCAUUAACUCAUUCAGCACUUCACUCAGUAGCACAUGAGUGAUACAGCCUGCCUUUCUGCAUGCACAUAGAAAAAGUGUUCUCUGUGCCAGUUGUAUCAGGGGUUUUCUUUUGACGUGUAAGAGGAAGGUUUACAAUAUUUGGUUGGUGUUAGCUAGAGUAAUUUUUAACACCUGUUCCCCUUUAGCUAUCCCUUAACAAAGCUUUUUGCAUGAGCAUUUCCUAGGUAGAGCAGGAAUCUGUGCCAUGGGCUUACUCUUUCCAUUGCAGACACCUCUAUUUGUGGGUGAGUAACUCAAUUGACUGUUUACCCCAUCGAUGAAACUUCUCCUGUCGGCUCUGAUUCAGCAGGGGACUUAAAUGUAGGCUCAUUUUUAAGCACCCGAGUAAUCCCAUUGAUGUUAGUGGGCCUACUCACAUGUUACAGGUUAGGCACCUGUUUAAGGAGCUGUGCUGAAUCAGGUCCCGUAAUGUCCCAGCCUAGGGAUGAAUAUGGACCUAAUCCAUCUGCCCCUUUUGAAUUAUAGGGCCAAGUCCAUCACUAGCCUGGGACAAUGCUCCCCAUCACUGGAAUCAGAGUAGCAGCCGUGUUAGUCUGUAUUCGCAAAAAGAAAAGGAGUACUUGUGGCACCUUAGAGACUAACAAAUUUAUUAGAGCAUAAGCUUU